AUGUCUAGUUUGGAGCAGUUGCGUUUGCAACUGAUGCAGAAGCAGCCUAUUACAUUUUUAAGCUCGGAAAACGGUGAAACAGACGACAUUUUAGAGGCAAACAGAGUACUACUGGGAACCAAAGAUCAGACCAACAACACCGUACUGGAGCUGGACGAAAAGACGGAUUUCCAAGUGGAUGGCAACAAUGUGCCUCUGAAAGUGGUGCUUCACUGCUGGCAGCACCGAGACUCCAGCGCUGCAGACUAUUUGGCCGACUGUCAGACCAAAAAACUGAUCAAUAUAUCGUUUCUGCAAAGAAUGGACCUGAUUGCGUGGCUUUCGGGCGAAACAGAGAGCUCUCAGUUUGUCAAUGCGGAGGAGACGAAGGUGGCCGAGACAGUGGCCGAGAACCUCGCGGGCGCACCCUCAGCUGCGACAGCAGCUAGCGACCCGGUCCUGCAGGAAGCGCUCGCGCACGAAAAGGAGCUGCUGGACCAUAACUCAUCGCUGAGGGGCUCGAAACCGACCAAUUUCGCGUAUCUGAUAAAAGAGGCGGAACUCAAACUGGUGCACUCGCUUAAGAGCGCCAGCAAGGCGCGCAGAGCCGGCGACCGCGGCACCGGCGGAGUGUCGAAGACAGACGCGUCCAGCGGCGGCAGAGGCCCGGCGAAGAAGGACCCGAUCAUCCUGAUCCCAUCUGCGGCGUCCUCCAUAUUCACAAUUGCCAACAUCCAGCAGUUUCUGGAGGACUCGAAAUACGUGCACCCACGUGACCUCCCGGGCUCGCAGUCUGAUGUGACGUCGGUGACCAAGAAGCUGGACCGGUUUGCGAGACCGGUCAAGUUCCUGAUUGCGAGCAAUACGCGACUAUUCACGAAACCCGAGUACUGGGACCGUGUGGUUGCGGUUUUUACGACGGGCCACGCCUGGCAGUUCAACAACUACCAGUGGUCCGACCCUUCUGAGCUGUUCCAGCGGUGCAAGGGCUACUACUUCUACUUUGCGGGCGACAUUGUGCCCAAGCAUGUGGAGCAGUGGAACGUCCAGCGUGUGGAGCUCGACAAGAACAAGCGGUUUAGAGAUGUUGAAGUGCUUAGGUAUUUCUGGAACACUAUAGAGAGGGAGCUUGCCAGCCGUGGGUACCAGUGA